CCUCGCGUGGUGACCAUAUGAAGCGCUCGAUUGUCAAUCACGUUAAUCACGUUUGCGCUGACACAGCUGAUUAUUAUGACAGAUCGGCUGCUGCUGACAUAGCAAACAAAGUGGGAGUUGUUUAGAGCGUAGCUGAGUCAAAACGAUAAUGUGUUUCCGAUGACAUUUUAUAUCUAUUUUUUUAGAUAAAGCUUUAUUACGCAUCGUUUUUAAUAUGUGAGCCUUCGAAAAAUCAGUCUCUCUCGCAUCAUUUAUUCGUGUGAGACGUGAGAUAAAACAUAAAAUAUACUACAUCAUAUUAAAUCAUAAACAGACAAGAUGCUUUCACACAUCACGUUUGUGAUUCUAUCGUUUUUCUCCACUGCAUUCGGUGUGAUACAUUAUCAGCCAGAAGCUGUACAUCUUUCCUAUGGUGAUAACAUUCACGAUAUUGUUGUCACCUGGAGCACAAGGAGCGAUACCGAAGAAUCAAUAGUAGAAUAUGGCAUAGGGGGCUUUGUUUUGCGAGCUGAAGGAAAUUCUACUCUUUUCAUUGAUAGUGGUGAGAAAAAACGGAAACAGUAUAUUCACAAAGUAUGGCUAAAAAAUUUAACGCCCAACAGCAAAUAUAUAUAUCAUUGCGGUAGUCGCUAUGGAUGGUCAAAUGUAUUUUAUAUGAGAACCGUGCCUGAAGACUCUACAGAUUGGUCACCGCAAAUAGUUAUCUUUGGUGAUAUGGGUAAUGAGAAUGCACAGAGUUUAUCACGCCUACAGGAAGAGACAGAACGUGGUUUAUAUGAUGCUGCUAUUCAUGUUGGCGAUUUUGCUUAUGAUAUGCAUACUGAUAAUGCCCGCGUAGGUGAUGAAUUUAUGCGGCAAAUUGAAUCUGUUGCUGCUUAUAUCCCAUACAUGACUGUACCUGGAAAUCACGAAGAGAAAUAUAACUUUAGUAAUUAUAGGGCCCGAUUCACUAUGCCAGGUGAUUCGGAAGGCUUGUGGUAUAGCUUUAAUAUGGGUCCUAUACAUUUCAUUGCUAUAGAAACUGAAGCUUAUUAUUUCAUGAAUUAUGGUAUAAAACAAAUGAUUAAACAAUACGAAUGGUUGGAUAAGGAUCUACAAGAAGCAAAUAAACCUGAGGCAAGGGCUCGCCGACCAUGGAUAGUAACAUUCGGACAUAGACCAAUGUAUUGCAGCAAUGCAAAUGCGGACGAUUGCACUAAUCAUCAAAGUCUGAUUAGAGUCGGAUUACCAUUUUUAAAUUGGUUUGGUUUGGAGGAUCUAUUUUUCAAAUAUAAAGUGGAUUUAGAAAUCUGGGCACACGAACAUAGUUAUGAAAGAUUGUGGCCCAUGUAUAACUUUCAAGUGUAUAAUGGUAGUUAUGAAGAACCAUAUAAAAAUUACAAAGCACCUGUACAUAUAAUUACUGGUUCAGCUGGUUGCAAAGAAGGUCGAGAGAAGUUUGUUCCCGAUCGACCAGCAUGGUCCGCAUAUCGCAGUUCGGAUUAUGGAUACACAAGAAUGAAGAUGUUCAACAAAACUCACUUGUAUCUAGAACAGGUAUCCGAUGAUAAAGAAGGUGCUGUUAUAGAUAGAGUUUGGCUCGUGAAAGAGAAUCCUUUACCACAGUAUGUAGAAGUUUCUCCUUUAAAAUAAUAUAAACGUGAUUUUAAUUAACCAUGUGACAAAGUAGAAAACAUAGACAAGAACACGUUAAAAAAGUUUUUCAAGCAAUAUUGUUAAUAAGAUUUUUCCUUCACUUUGGCUGUAUAUGUAUAAUUUUACAAUUGUAAUUCAAGUUUAGUACAUAUUUUAUGUAGGCUGGAUAACAUUACGGUCGAAAUGUAUACAUGAACAAUAAAAUAUUAGCGUGAUUUGCAUAUAAACAAAUAAAAAAUUAGCAAAUGCAAAA